AUGGUGCAUACUACCCAAAGUGUACCUUCAAGGAUAUUCAAGGCCGUCAGACGUGCAGUCAAGGCAGAUAUGUUCACCCAUUUGCAUCAGAUGACGGGCCUGUUGUCCUUUAGCCACAGCGAUUCAGGGAUCCAAAGCGAGGCAUUUUGUUGUGGCGUGUAUUGUCAACGUGUUGGCGGAAGCGAUGUAGACUCAAGCCAAAUCAACAGCAUCUCCAAUUAUUCGUAUGCCAAAAUCAUUAUUAGCCAAAGCCCGAGUGAGGUGCCGAUGCAAAGCUGGUAUCCUAAAAACGGCAUGUCUUUUCGACAGCCUCUUGAUCGAAAUAUUCACAUCAGCGAUGAAGCAGAUUUCGACGAUGUCAGUGAGAACGAAAAUCUCAUGGCGGAUACACCCUCUGACAAUAGCGAACAUGACGACAACACUCGUGAUAUGAAUGAAGAUGACUUGUUGGAUAUUGACAACGACGAGGACGAUGUUAAGGACGAAGAUGACGGGGUAGUUGACCCUUAUUACUGGGGCUAUGGAGUGUCCCAAAUUCUGGUUGCGAAUGACACUCAUCGGGAGCAAUCUCGAUGCAUAGUCAGGUCCAAGCUACUGCUAGAUCAUAGCGUCCAUACGAAACAUAUUAGAAAGCAGCUGUAG